UCCGUGGAAGCAAGAUAAGAAUAAGAGGAAGAAGGAGAAGAGAGAGAAGAAGUUGAAGGGUUGGGUUUUGUAAUCCAAUCUUCCUUUUUCCUAUGCUUUUAAGGCACAAUUUCUUCUACCUCCUGUCUUCUUCUUUCUUCUCUUCCUGACUCUUAUUAUUCCUUUUCUUUACCCUUUACCUUUUGCCCAGAAAGGAAGGGAAGGAAAAAGGAACAACUAAUUGUAUUAUUAUUGUAAUUAUUUUUAUAAUUAUUAUUAUUAUUAUUUAUUAUUAUUAUUAUUAAAUUAAAAUUAUUAUUAUCGUUGUAAUUGCUCAUCCAUGGAUUCCUCUUCUCUCUCCAACGAUUCGGUUUCUGGAUUCAAAGACAAGGAGUCAAUGGUUGACCCCUUUUUAGUCGAGGCUCUCCAGAACCCUCGUCACCGCCUUACCAUUUUGCGGAUGGAGCUGGACAUUCAGAGGUUUAUGAAUAAUGCUGACCAACAGCAUUUUGAGUUUCCACAUUUCCCUUCUUCCUAUCUCAGAUUGGCUGCACAUCGUGUUGCUCAACACUACAGCAUGCAAACAAUGGUUCAAGAUAUUGGCUUAGAUGGUCAGGGAAGUAAAAUUCUCGUGAGAAAGUUACCAGAGAGCAAGUAUCCCAUGGUUAAGUUAUCUGAAAUACCUGCAAAGCAAUUGGAAAAUGAUAAAUCUGAGCAGAAAAAAUUUGUUAUUAGACCUAGGCCUAAUAAAAACCGUUUGAAUGAUGCUAAUGGAGUUGGGAUGAAAGGAAAUCCUGUAAGAAGUGUGGAAGAGAGGAAGGAAGAAUAUGACAGAGCACGAGCACGUAUCUUUAGUGGCUCUAGAAUCCCUGACUCUGGUGAUAUCUCAUCCAUGGUUCCAAUGGAUGGGAGGAAUUCUUCUACUAGCAAGGAUGAGAGUGAAACUAGCAAGAACCCCGUUGCUGCUGAUUCAGAAAGAUGUAUCAGUGUCAGGGAUAUUUGUGCGAAUCGAGUUGCCAUAUUCAGGGAUAGGGAAAAGGACCGUAGUGAUCCAGAUUAUGACCGUAGUUAUGGAAGGUAUGCCAGGAGUAUUCCAACCUCUGCUGUUAACUUGGUGCCAUUUAACUUGCUAAAAGUUCAACCUUCAUUUGCUCAAUAUGACGCUACAUUUAAUCAUUUGGGUCAGAUGUCACAAACUCAGGCCACACAUGGCUAUGCUCCUUCCACCCCCAUAAUGAAUCCUUUUGGCACCACAGGAUUAAAUCAGACACCUACGGACGGUGCUUACAUACAGUGGCCUAGUGCUGCUAUGAUGUAUGCACAUUCAUAUGACCAAUUUAGACAUGCUGUUUUCCAGGCUCCAUUUGGUCAACAGCCUUUGAGCUUUGACUAUUCGCAGAACUAUUAGGUGACUAUUGAAUUUGGAUGAAAAAGUUAUGUUAGCCUUUUAGAAUUUCAUGUUAGGUUCAUUUGUCAGUGCUGUCAUAGACCCUUGUUGUAGUAUUAUGUCUUCUGUUUCAGUUUUGAUGGUUAUAGUAAAUCGUUGGGUACUUCUCAUGUGACAGUUUAUAAAAAUAGUGAAUUGUAGUGCGUUACUGGAUUUACAGUUA